AUGGACAUCCCCAUCCCAUCCAUCAAACCAAUCUACCACCCAUCUCCCACCACCCCCACCCCCAAAUCCAAAUCCGUCCAUACAGCCCUCCAAACUCUCCAUCUCCAACCUCACCCGGAAGGAGGCUACUACGCCGAAACAGACCGUCACCCGCUCCGCAUCCCCAAUCCUUACAGCCAAGACCAAAGCGACACCAACACCAACACCAACACCAACACCAACACCAACCCCAACACCGACACCCGCUCCCUCUCCUCAACUAUCUACUACCACCUCACCCCAGACUCCCCAACGAGCUUCUUCCACCUGAACCGCAGCCGCACGAUUCACAGCCUCCACCGCGGCCGGGCGCGGUACGUCAUUAUCCACGCGGACUUGGCGACGCAUGAUGGCCCGGCGCCUGUUACAUCGUUUGUGGUCGGUCCGGACCUAGACAAGGGUGAGAGGAUGCAGUGGGUUGUGGAGGGGGGAAAGUACAAAUCGUCUUAUCUGUUGCCGGAUAUGCCCUCGGAGAACGGGGAUGGGGAGAGCGAGGGGUUGUUGAUUACGGAGGCAAGUGCAUGUCGAUGUAUAAGCAGAGAUACCGUUGUCCCUGGGUUUGAAUUCGAGGAUCAUGAGUACCUGAGCCGUCAGACGAUGGAGAGACUGCUGCCGGAGGAGCAAUACCGAGCGCUGAGCUGGAUGUUAAAGAAGGAUUGA